AUGGAUUUCAGUUCCUCAUCCGUGUUUGACCAGCACAAAGCUGAUGCAACAGAAGAGAUCGACUUAGCUGUGGUUUACCAAGCAGCAGCUAAUGGAGAUGUGAACACCCUGACUGCAGUGAUCCGAGAGGAUCCUUCCAUCCUGGAAUCUUGUGACAGAGAGGGUUGCACACCCUUGAUGCAUGCUGUGUCAGGACGCCAGGUUGACACAGUGAAGCUUCUGUUGAAGAUGGGAGCCAAUAUUAAUACUCAAGAUGCCUGUGGACGUACCUGUUUAUCUCUCGCAACUUAUCUGGGCUGGCUGGAAGGCUGUGUCAGCCUGCUCAGGAAUGGUGCUAAGCAGAACAUACCUGACAAAAAUGGGAGGUUGCCACUGCAUGCUGCCACAGCAGAGCCUGAUGUGAGGCUUCUGAGCUUGCUUCUGCAGCAGUCAAAUCUUAGUGAAAUUAAUCACCAGGACAAUGAGGGAAUGACUUCACUCCACUGGGCUGCAUUCCACAACAGACCUCAGCACACCCAGACUCUGCUGCACAAGGGAGCAGAUCCAACUCUGGUGGACAAGGACUUCAAAACAGCUCUCCAUUGGGCAGUACAGAGUGGCAACAGGAUUCUGUGUUCCAUCAUUCUGGACCACUGGCAGGGACCAUCAAUAAUAAAUUAUGAUGAUGAGAAUGGCAAAACAUGCAUGCACAUUGCUGCUGCUGCAGGCUACAGUGAUAUCAUCAGUGAGCUGGCUAAAGUCCCAAAGUGCAACCUGCAGGCCCUUGAUGUGGAUGACAGGACUCCUUUGCACUGGGCUGCAGCAGCAGGGAAAGCUGACUGUGUGCAGACACUACUAGAACUGGGGAUUGACAGCAGCCCCCGAGACAUCAACGAAAACACUCCUCUGACGUAUGCAAUAUACUGUGGGCACACAGCAUGCAUCAAGCUGCUGUCUCAGGAGAGCAGUAGAUCUGAGUCAGUUCAUCACUUUCCCUCCCAGAAAAGCAGACUUAUAAAGAAGGAAGGACGAUUUAGUAUGCUGAACCAGAUCUUCUCUUGCAAAAAGAAGAAAGAUGAUCCCAAAACCAGUCAGGAGAGAAGCAGGGAUCAAUAUCCUGGAGAAGAGACCUCAGAAGUAGACACCAUCAUCACCCGUUUUGAUUGCAUUAUGAAUAAAAAUUGCAAAGACAUUUCAGAAGAGUGUAAGACCAGCCCUGACUUUAAAAGAAAGAGCACAGACACUAAGUACCUCAUAGCAGAAAGGAAGCAAUCAGCAUGUCAGGGAUUACCACCCAUCAACACCCAGAGUUUCCCCUCAAUCACUGCCUGCAAUUCUUUCCUAACUGCUUCCCAGAGCAAAAUGUCAAGCUACUCCUCCAGCUCCAGUACCUAUCCACACAAAUCUCAAACGAGCAGGAGUGAGCACAACUUGCUGGACAACAAAGGCAGCUGCCAGGCUUUGCUGGAUGAUCCCCAGAACACAGACUCUAACCAAAGACUCUCUUACAAAGUCUGUACUAGGACUUCUUCAGACAAACUGAUGAAUGGCUUAAACUCUGAUAGAGCUCACCGUGUGCUUUGGUGCCCUCCCUACCUUCCCUCACUUCCCAGUUCUCCAUCAGGUAGAAGUUUUCAGCAGGUGUCCAUAGGCCAACACAAAAUGAAAAAUGUUAUUCCUGUACAGAACAGCCUAGCUCCAAUACCCAACCACAGUGUCCACAAAAUUCAGCUACCAUCUCAGGAUGCUAAGUUUAAAUCCCUACGAACUGGUGCAGUUAUUCUCCCACCAGCUCCAAUCUCAAGAUCUCUGAAAACAGGACAUUAUCAGAGUCAUAUCCUCUAUUCUCUCUUGCCUGGUCUAUCAGGAGAAAAUCUAAAACCAAGCUGUGUCCUGCCUGCUAUCCCAAACCAGAAGAAAUCUAAUCCUGUAGAGGAGCUUGAGAAAUCACUCACCGAAUCAGAUGCUGAAAAUUAA